AGAUUAUGAAGAUCUUACUGCAUUGGAUCAAAAUCAUUUCAACUCGACGUUGUGUUAUCGCAGACGAGAUCUUCUAUUUUUAAAAAAUGGAGGCUUGUUUCUUGAGAUACAAUUGGAGCAGUGCAAAUAUGAACCUAAGAUGUUAAUUUGAAUUUUUUAAAACUAACAAUUACUUGAAAACUAGUUUAGCUCUAUUAAUUGAUUAUAUAAUCAACACACAAAAUUAUAAUUCCAAAUAUAAACAAGGGCAUAUCAUAUUUUACAAGAAAUAGAGAGUAAUAGUAUUUGGCCUGAGUUGGGGAUUUAGGGUUUAAAUAUUGCCCUAUUUCCCUCUUAGAAGCAUAGAUAUACAAAUUUGAAAAUACGAGCAUCUCUGUAAUCAAAAUUUGAAGUCUUUGGUAGUUUUGAUGGCUGGAGGCGACGAAGAUGAUGAUUACAUGGGAGACCUCUCCCGGUUUGUACCAACGGCGGUUCCUCAAUCUUCCUCCAAAAAGGAGCCUAGUAGUAAUCUUGUAGUGUCGAAAUCUUCGUCGAGCAAGAAAUCGAAAUUCCAAAACUGGCAGGAGCAGAGGAAGCUCGACCGAAAAAGGAAGCAAAGCGAAGAGGAUAAACAAACAUUAGAAAAUGCAGGUUCUGCAAUACCACAGUCUAAUAUUGGUUUCAAGCUGCUGAAACAAAUGGGCUACACUCCUGGCUCUGCAUUGGGCAAGGAAGGCUCUGGGAGGGCUGAACCGGUUUCUCUGGAGAUCAGAAGGGGUCGAGCUGGAAUCGGUACAGAAGAUCCAGAGGUAGCAAAGAUGAGGAGAGAGAGAGCAAAGUAUGAGAUGAAUAAGAGGAAAGAGAGCGAGUUGAUGGAGAUUUUCGGGAGUCAUCAGAAGGAGCGGUGGAAGGGAAGGAGAGUCAUAGUGAACUUCCGAAAGGCAGAUGCUACUCUGGCGCAGCUAGAAAAUAGAGAGGUUGUGGUGGAGAAGAAGGAAGAGAACGAUGAGGAAAAGGAAGGGGAAGAGGAGGAGGAGGAGGAAGAAAUUACAGAAGAGGAUUUGUUAAAUAUACUGCUGAAGCUAAGAAACGAGUUCAAAUACUGUCUCUUCUGUGGAUGCCAGUACGAUACAAUGGAGGCCCUCGAAUCAGAGUGCCCUGGGAUUAAUGAAGACGACCACUAGAUUCAAGGCCUACAGACACCAAUUCAGACUUGGCCUACACUGAAUUCUUACAAUAAUUUUGUGGCUUCAUGAAUCGCUUAACGGAUGCUCCUGGGCGAACUCCUGCCAGUCGAGCAUGGGAAAGCUAGAGGAGAUGACGCAUCCAAGAUAUCCGCUACUUCCAGAUUGAGCUCGAGCUUUACUUACUGUGAGAUCAGUAAAUGGUCUAUCUCAUGUGUAUUUUACCUAUUCCAUUCUGAAAUUACUAGAGAAAACGAUCUGUUGUAUAAAAGCUUCGGGUUCAUAUGAUCAAAAUUCCAGCAGUUUACCA